AUAAUAAUAAUAAUAAUAAUAAAGUUGGAACUGAAGAACGUUUUAAUCUGUAGUCAUGUUGUCUUCAACAAAAUAAAAACGCAACCAAACAAGCUCCUGCAACUUGUGAGAUAAGCACUGGUGUCGCCCUGUCUGUUGACCUGGCAGUAAAUCAGGUGCACUUUCUUUUCUUUCUUUUUCUGUUUUGCUGUGCCCUGUCACCCUGCUCUCUGUGUGGCGAGCUGGUAAGGGGUUAGCUGUGGGGCCCUCACUGGGGGGCUGGCUCAAUCCUCCAGCCACACACUUCCUGAUCAGCCAGGCUGAGCAUUGUGAGAUAGCACUCACUUUCAGAGGGUCCCUGGCUUUUCACAACAGAGCAGCUUGGAUGAGGUGAGUCGCACCUGUAGAAGAAUGGCUCCUCGUUUUGCAUGGAGACUCAGGAUCCUGUUCCCUGCUUUGAUCAGCUGUGCAUUGCUUUUGCCAUCCCCCUGUGGAUCCCUCCAAGCGCUGCGGGAAGUGAUCGCUCUGCUUGCUGAUGAUAAAGAUCCCAAAUGUUUCACCCGAGUGGACAGAGACCUGACUUGUUUUUGGAAAGACAGCAGUAACACUUCAUAUGAUUUCUAUUAUGAAUAUGAGGGGGAAGAAGAGGAGAAGAAAUGCACACUUACCCAUCAGAGUGUGGACCCGGCCACGGUGCUUCACGUUUGCUCGUUCCCUCCUGAAGAUGUUUACCUGUUUGUUCAAGCACACAUCAAAGUGACGGAGUCCGGGACAAACAACACUGUCCACGAGCGCGUGCUGAAUGUGGAGAACCAAGUUCUGUUAGACCCACCAACCGAUGUCUCAGUUUCUCUCAAUGGUAAGCCACGGCAGCUUACGGUGAGGUGGACAGCUCCCAGACCAGGCAAUCUGGAGUAUAAAAUAAGAUACUCCUCUGACAAAGUGCAAGAGGUGGUAAGCAAGGCAGGGUUACUGGUUCACACUCUGUAUGAGCUGAGUCCUGGUGAGAAAUAUUACAUUGCAGUUCGUGCCAAGCCAGAUGGCAGCUCACGGGACGGUUUUUGGAGUGCCUGGUCCCAGGCUGCCAGCGCUGUGGUGCCCAGACCUGCAGAUGAAAUUCAUCUGAACUGCUUCACCCCUGAUCUCCAGUCUGUUAUCUGCAAUUGGAAUUCAGAAGAAAUGGAGAAGGAUACUCAAUACACUCUCUAUUACCAGUCCAGAAACGGUGACUGGGAAGUGUGUGACCACAGUGACAUCACCAACACCUGCACAUUCCAGGGUUGGAACUCAAGUGACAUCAUUGUUACGGUCAAUGCCAGCUCAAGGCAUCAGAACCACACCUUCUACAAGGAGCCAAUCAGCAUGAAUCACAUGGUUCUCACAGCCCCGCCGAAGCACUUGGCAGGUGAAGUGAAUGACGGCAAGCUGAGCCUUCAGUGGGAACCAGCAGUGGCAGAGCUUGCAGAACACAUGGUUUACCAGGUCCGGUAUUCACUGGAUAACCACAGUGGAUGGAAGCACAUUACCCUUGAGAGCCCAGAGCCCAGGGCCCUGCUGGAUGUGCAGGCGGGGAGUCAGUACCACAUCCAGAUCAAAACCAAGCCCAAUGGAGACACGUACAGGGGGUCCUGGAGCAAGUGGUCCCACACUUUCACAGUGGCAGUUCCACUGCAGCUCGGACUACUGCUCAUUGGCUUUGUCCCGUUAGUGCUGAUCCUGACAGCUGUUGUGAUAAUGGCCACAUUCUCCAAGUUUUUCAGUAAGAUAAAACAGCACCUGUGGCCGCCUGUGCCUGACCUGGACAGAGUUCUGGAAAACUUCCUGACAGAGAUCAACAAGGGCUGGCAGCCAAUGCAGCCGUUUAACGAAAAACUUUGCGAGGAGGAUGUCCUCCCAACUGUGGUGGAGAUAGUGUCUGAGGAGGAAACCAGCAACUCCACAAAGAGCCAAGGAGACGACGUGGACAGCCCGUCCCCUGCCCUCGGACGUGACCGCCUUUCCCUUUCUGAGGAGAAGCCCCCCUUAGAGACUGCCAGUCAGGGUUAUGUAGUCCUGGAUCCAGAGCAUGACGUCACAGGUUACGAGAAGGAAGGCAAGAUGGAUAGCUACCGCCCUGUAAGCCUACACUGCCAGCCAUGCAGUUUUCCAGAUUCCUCGGUCCACGGCAGUCACGUCCUGCCACAGCCCUUGUCCUGGUACAGCCACCUGGCGUCUCAGUCAUUACAUCUCCACCCACCUCACUCUGCGGAUAUCUCAAACCAUUCUUAUUUGCUGCUUGCCGACUCCGAAUCCAAAAUCCAGGUGGAUCUGCAGCUCAGCGGAGAAGCAAACCUGUACGCAAACGUGGACGGUGUAACCCAGCUAAUCCAGAGAGUGAAUCACUGAGCUGUUCUAUGCAUGGUCAGAAACCUUAAAAGAAACUUAAACUCAACGACGAACGCUUCCACCAGUAGUCUUUCUCAAUGGAAAAAAUACUCCUCUAGUCAAAGUAUUUGUCAAUGAACUUCUGUUUCUUUUGGCAUCUCUAAAUCCAGCCCUUUUAGUGUUUAGGGGUCAGGGUCAGUUCUGAUCUAUCAUGCAAGCUGAUAGGUCAUUCAAUUCCUGAUUAAACAAAGUACAGUACACUAUAUACCACAAGGUGUGGACACACGUCUGUCUCAGUAACUAACUGUGCACUAAGCCUCCACCCACACGGAGCAAUCCUGGAGUCUUUAUCACAUCUCAAACUCUAUACACAGGACUUUGUACAGAGGACUGGUUUAGGGGCAGACAGUGCAGCUGGACACUGCUGGGCCUAACUGGCGCUCUAGGGCAAGGGUUUUCAACCAGGGGUACUCGUACCCCUCAAAUAAAAAUGAAAGUAAUAGAAAACAAAAUAAUGUUUUUUUUUUUUUUUUUUUUUUUUUUUUUUUUAAGUGUUAUAUAUCGUCUAAAACACUGUAUAAUUAUCUUUGUAUAGCAGAUGAAAACAAAUACACAAAAUCUAUCACGUCCAUGUUUUCCACCUGUACGCAUGCGCGAUUUCGAUUGAGUGGAUUGGAUACAUAAGUGAAACAGGCGCCUGCCCACUGCCUAUGGAGAGCACUCUGCGCUACUCAUGAUUUUUGCUGUUUUCAGGUCGUAUCAGUGAAGCACGGGCUGCAUUUUAGUAACAGCAAUAGUGCCUGGUGGAUUAUGUUGUCGGGGUUUGAAACAGACGCAUUUCUUACUGGUGAACAAAAACAAAGGAAGAAAAACACAGUCUACAGAAAGUGCGAAGCGGCAGAAAGUUAUAUACAGUCCCUUUGGAUAAUUAUGCUGCCUUUAAUAAAAUAAAAUAAAAAUAAAAUUAUGUGCAUCCAAGGACAUGUAAUUAAGUUUUAAGAAUGAAGCCAACUGUUUGGUAUUCUGUCUUAAACCAGCAGUUUGUCAGCCCCAGACUGUUGUGAAAAAUGACACAUUACAUAAACGGGGGAAAAAAUGUGUUAAUCAGAAUAUUAACUAUGGUACCAGUCAGUGAGCAAAAUUGUAAAGGGUACUUCAGCUGAAACCUCCCGACAGAAGGGGUGCUGUUUCAAAAAAAGGUUGAGAAGCCCUGCUCUAGGGCAUCUACCUCGUCCGUUUUUAUGAAUGUGUUAUUCACCCCAGUGUAACGUUCUACUGCAGGUAGAACAAAAUCUACAGAAAACAUAUUCACAAGUGUUCAGGGAAUGGUUAACUGUACAUAGCAAUUAGAGGCCAACAAACAAUGAUGGGAUAACAGAAAUCUUUUAUACUGUUUCUUCACGUGUAUAUAUAUUUUUUGUCAAGCUUAGAUCAAUUUAGAACAGUCCACAUGAGAUGCAUAUUACUGAGUUUGAUAAGAUCUGCAACUUUGGAAAUGCAGUUUAUUUUUAUUUUAAAAGCAAUUCGUUUUUCUUUUUGUAAUUAAGGCAGCACUCUUUGUCUCUUCGCAGUCCAGUCCCAUCACUGCAAGCGGUUCUAACGUGGUUGUUGCUGAAAGUUUGAUGAAACACUUUGACAAAACAAAAUUUGUACAAAACAUUGAUUGAAAAUGCAUCGCAGUUCUGUGUACAUCGUGAGCUUAUCCCCUUCCACAUCCCCUUCAGUCACUGCGUGCGCAAUUGUACCAUCACAAGCUUUCUAGCAAUGUAUCGAUUUUAUAAUCCAAUGUAUGUUCCUCACCCCCCCCAAAGUUUUGGGAGGGGGGGAAAAAGUGUAAAUAAAAAUGUGUGACC